AUGGCUACCGAAACUCUCACUAUGCGCCCCGUCACACAACGCAAGUUGCCAAAGGCUGCGAAACUCCCGCCGGAAAACGAACGGUAUAUGCGAGCAUGCUCGGAUAUAGCAAACGCUUUGAUCCAGGACUAUGAAGCGCAGCGUGAUUCAACCAAGCCAAAGAAGGAUAUCAACUUGAACAAGCUGCGGGGCCAAAUCUCAAAAAAGCACAGUUUGAGCACACAGCCGUCACUCACGGCGAUCAUUGCUGCGGUGCCGGAGCAUUAUAAAAAAUAUAUCUUACCGAAAUUGAUUGCAAAGCCGAUCAGAACUUCUUCCGGAAUUGCCGUUGUCGCUGUUAUGUGCAAACCCCACCGAUGUCCGCACAUUGCAUACACCGGUAAUAUCUGCGUAUAUUGCCCGGGUGGCCCCGAUUCUGAUUUUGAAUACUCCACCCAAUCGUAUACGGGCUAUGAACCGACGUCAAUGAGAGCAAUCCGAGCCCGCUACGAUCCCUUCGAGCAAGCUCGAGGUCGGGUGGACCAGAUCAAAUCUCUCGGACACAGCGUUGAUAAAGUAGAAUAUAUUAUCAUGGGCGGAACUUUCAUGUCCCUCCCUGAAGAUUACCGGGACGGCUUUAUUUCACAACUACAUAACGCUCUCAGCGGCUAUCAAACCGACAAUGUUGAUGAAGCAGUGCAAGCUGGAGAGAUGAGCAAUAUCAAGUGUGUUGGCAUCACGAUCGAGACCCGCCCAGAUUAUUGCUUGGACACACACUUAAGUGCCAUGCUUAGAUACGGCUGUACACGACUAGAAAUUGGGGUUCAAAGUCUUUAUGAAGAUGUUGCACGAGACACAAACCGAGGCCAUACCGUGGCCGCUGUUGCAGAGACCUUCAAGCUGGCAAAAGAUGCAGGGUUUAAAGUAGUCAGCCACAUGAUGCCAGAUCUUCCAAACGUGGGAAUGGAAAGGGACCUGUUCCAGUUCCAGGAGUAUUUCGAGAACCCAGCAUUUCGCACGGAUGGACUUAAAAUAUAUCCAACUCUUGUGAUCAGAGGAACUGGCCUUUAUGAGCUUUGGCGAACUGGUCGAUACAAGAAUUAUACUCCAAACGCCUUGAUUGAUAUUGUAGCCCGUAUUCUGGCCCUUGUCCCUCCAUGGACCAGAAUUUAUCGUGUACAGCGUGAUAUCCCCAUGCCUCUUGUUACGUCUGGCGUCGAAAAUGGCAAUCUCCGCGAGUUGGCUUUAAGUCGAAUGAAGGAUUUUGGCACUACAUGCCGAGAUGUCCGAACACGAGAAGUGGGAAUCAACGAAGUGAAGAAUAAAAUCAGACCAAGUCAGGUCGAGCUGAUACGACGCGAUUAUACCGCCAACGGUGGAUGGGAAACCUUCCUUGCGUACGAGGACCCCAAGCAGGAUAUUCUUAUUGGCCUACUCCGUUUGCGUAAAUGCAGCUCAACACAUACAUUUCGACCUGAGCUCACCGGCCAGCAAACUAGCUUAGUGCGUGAGCUGCACGUAUACGGCUCGGCCGUUCCCGUGCAUGGUCGCGAUCCUCGGAAGUUUCAACAUCGUGGCUUUGGUACGCUACUGAUGGAGGAAGCGGAGAGGAUAGCUAGGGAGGAGCACGGAAGUCGGAAGAUCAGUGUCAUUUCCGGUGUCGGUGUUAGGAGCUACUAUGCGAAGCUCGGGUACUGGCUUGACGGGCCUUAUAUGAGCAAGAUGCUCGAUCCGAUAGAUGAGGAAGAUACCGAGACAUAA